AUGUGUUACUAUAGUGAUAUUAAUACUUUCAAACGUACUUGGAGCCUUACGAUUCCUACUCACACUCGUCAUCCCGUCGUCAACCACAUACCACUAGACAAUACAAAUGCAGAAGUUCAUAUAUGGCACGGGAAAUACCCUGUUGCAGGAAUAUGCAAAAAUAGAAAACACCGAUUGGUGGGACUUCAAGAACAAUUGUCAAAAGAGGGACAUACUACUUAUCUCCACGAUUUGAGUGACUUUUAUGAAAUCACCGAAAUAAAAGUUAAUGAAGAGGUUGUUCAUCACUGCAAAAUUACUGAUUUUCAGUUUGGAGGUGAUGGGGAGCUGGAUCCGCUAUGCAAACUAAUUGUAGAUAAAGUCAAUACUGCAUAUUAA